CCAAAAUAUUCCAAGAAAUGGGUUUCAUUUCAAGUGAGAAAAAAAGCCAAUUGGAACAGACUCGAUGGGUUUUAACUGAAGUUGUACACGUUACGACAGAUGGAUACGGAUCUGAUAUUGUCGAAGAAUGCUCAAACGAUCUCUCCAAUUCUUUAGAAUCAUCUUCUUCAUCUGAAAUGCUAGACAACACAUCAACAUCAUCAUCAUUGGCAUCGUCAUCUUCAGUAUUGUCUCACACUGGUCCACUGUACGAGCUAUCUGAGCUCAUGAAACAGUUACCUAUCAAAAGGGGCCUAUCAAAAUACUAUCAAGGGAAAUCUGAGUCAUUUGGAUCACUUGCAAAUUUGAAGAGCUUUCAAGAUCUUGCAAAGAGAUCAAGAUGGUCAACAAAAUCACCAUUCAGAAGUCAAAGUCAAAAUCAAACAUUAAUUCCUAAAGGCAUUAUUGUCAAGAACAAGAAGAAUUCUCUAUUCUCAUCACUUGGAAAAAUAAAAAUGGAUUCUUUAUUAGACACCAUUUCUGUACAAAACCAUUUUUGA